GGGGCUGGAGGAGAAGGGGGCCAGCGGGCUGCAGGAAUUCAGCCUCGGGCUGGGGGUUGUCACCGAGGGGGAAUUUCUCCUCUUUGAAAACGGACUGGGGACCCCUCCACCCAACCCCUUUCACUGCAUUUCUUAAAGGGAUCACACCGUUUUUCCUUUGACUCCAUGGAAGCCAGGUUUGGGACACUCCGUGGACACUUUGAACCUCUCCUUCCCACUUCCUUCCCAGCUGGCAGCCUUCCUCUGGCUGAGUGAGUGGGGGCCUCCCAGGCAUGGCACUGACCAGCCGACCCAGUGCUGACUUGGCUCCUGGGUUCCUUCAGCCUCGGGUGGCAUCUUGCUUACCCCCUCCAGGGGCGCAGUGAGUCCGGGGGUGGGGGGGGCAGCCCUGAGCUGCUUGGAGAGAGUCACUGGCAGCACCACCCCCAUUGCCCUCUCCCCCGAAGCUGGAGGACGGUGAGGUGGUCAGGGGCUACGAUGAGAUGAGCGGGGGCCGCUUUGACUUUGAUGAUGGCGGGGCGUACUGCGGGGGCUGGGAGGGGGGAAAGGCCCACGGGCACGGACUGUGCACGGGCCCCAAGGGCCAGGGCGAAUACUCGGGCUCCUGGAACUUUGGCUUUGAAGUGGCGGGUGUCUAUACCUGGCCCAGCGGAAACACCUUCGAGGGAUACUGGAGCCAGGGCAAGCGGCAUGGGCUGGGCAUAGAGACCAAGGGACGCUGGCUGUACAAGGGCGAGUGGACGCACGGCUUCAAGGGACGCUACGGAACCCGGCAGAGCAGCAGCAGCGGUGCCAAGUAUGAGGGCACUUGGAACAAUGGCCUGCAGGACGGCUAUGGCACGGAGACCUAUGCGGAUGGAGGGACGUACCAAGGCCAGUUCACCAACGGCAUGCGCCACGGCUACGGCGUGCGCCAGAGCGUGCCCUACGGGAUGGCCGUGGUGGUGCGCUCGCCGCUGCGCACGUCGCUCUCGUCCCUGCGCAGCGAGCACAGCAACGGCACGGUGGCCCCGGACUCGCCCGCCUCGCCGGCCGCCGACGGCCCCGCGCUGCCCGCGCCCGCCAUCCCGCGCGGUGGCUUCGCGCUCAGCCUCCUGGCCAACGCCGAGGCGGCGGCGGCGCGGGCGGCCAAGGGCGGCGGCCUGUUCCAGCGGGGCGCGCUGCUGGGGAAGCUGCGCCGCGCCGAGUCGCGCGCGUCCCUGGGCAGCCAGCGCAGCCGCGUCAGUUUCCUCAAGAGCGACCUCAGCUCGGGCGCCAGCGACGCCGCGUCCACCGCCAGCCUGGGCGAGGGCGCCGAGGGCGCCGACGAGGCCGCGCCCUUCGAGGCGGACAUCGACGCCACCACCACAGAGACCUACAUGGGCGAGUGGAAGAACGACAAGCGCUCGGGCUUCGGCGUGAGCGAGCGCUCCAGCGGCCUCCGCUACGAGGGCGAGUGGCUGGACAACCUGCGCCACGGCUACGGCUGCACCACGCUGCCCGACGGCCACCGCGAGGAGGGCAAGUACCGCCACAACGUGCUGGUCAAGGGCACCAAGCGCCGCGUGCUGCCGCUCAAGAGCAGCAAGGUCCGCCAGAAGGUGGAGCACAGCGUGGAGGGCGCCCAGCGCGCCGCCGCCAUCGCGCGCCAGAAGGCCGAGAUCGCCGCCUCCAGGACAAGUCACGCCAAGGCCAAAGCUGAGGCAGCAGAACAGGCUGCCCUGGCUGCCAACCAAGAGUCCAACAUUGCCCGCACUUUGGCCAGGGAACUGGCUCCAGACUUCUACCAGCCAGGUCCGGAGUAUCAGAAGCGCCGGCUGCUCCAGGAGAUCCUGGAGAACUCGGAGAGCCUGCUGGAUUCCCCCCACCGGGGCCCUGGCGCCGCAGGCCUCUCGGAGCGGCCCCGCGAGAGCCCGGAGCUGCACGAGCGCGAGACCCCUGCGCCCGAGGGUGGCCCCCCGUCGCCGGCCGGGACGCCCCCUCAGCCCAAGCGGCCCCGGCCGGCCGCGGCGUCCAAGGACGGCCUGCUGAGCUCGGGCGCCUGGAACGGCGAGCCCGGCGGCGAGGGCAGCCGGCCGGUCACGCCGUCCGAGGCCGCUGGCCGCAGCAGCCCCGCGCGUCCCGCCAGCGAGCGCAUGGCCAUCGAGGCGCUGCAGGCGCCGCCCGCGCUGUCGCAGGAGCCCGAGGUGGCGCUCUACCAGGGCUACCACAGCUACGCCGUGCGCACCGCGCCGCCCGCGCCGCCGCCCUUCGAGGACGAGCCCGAGCCCGAGGUCCCCGCGGCCGACUCGGCGCCCGCGUCCCCGGCCGCCCCCGGGGCGGCGGCCCCGCCACGAGGCUCCGCGCCCGAGAGCCCAGCCAAGCUGGAACCCAAGCCCAUCGUCCCCAAGGCUGAGCCCAAGGCCAAGGCCCGCAAGACGGAGGCCCGGCUGACCAAGGCCGGGGCCAAGAAGAAGGCUCGGAAGGAGGCGGCGACGGCGGCGGAGGUGGAGGUGGAGGUGGAGGAGGUCCCCAACACCGUCCUCAUCUGCAUGGUGAUCCUGCUUAACAUCGGCCUGGCCAUCCUCUUCGUUCACCUCCUGACCUGACCUCAUCCACCAGAGCCAGGAGUUCCUGCUGAGGACGCGUGGACCCAUCUUUUUGCAGUGCCAGGCAGGGCAGCCGAGGAGGACUGGACUCUGGACCUGGAUGCCGGGGGUCCAGCUCGCAUCCACACCACAAACAUUUAAGGAGGUUUCCCGUGGCGCCCAUGCCCGACGCAGGUGGUGCCCAGAGGAAGAGAAAGGGCUGGGCACCCUCCGGGAGCUCUCUGUCCAGCGGCAGGGAAAGCCUUGAAGGCAGAGCCCUGGUCUUGAACACCCUGAUCUGCUCCGUCCCCCAUCCUCAUCCACUCCCUCGCCUUGCCCCUAGGUCACCCCCUCCCUGGGCUUCUCUGUGUUUUGGGAGAAGUCACCAAACCAGGAUGUUAUAUCCCAGUCCCCUUCUUUCUACCCUCCCUUGCUUUCUUUUAUCCUCUGGCUGCUGGGCUGAAGCCUCCCGGGCAAGUGGAGGGAGUGACGAGAUCCUUGCGGUGGGCCAGUGAGGGAGACGCUCUGACAGCCCAGCGGCCCUUCCCUUCGCAGUCCGGACCCCGCCCACACUCUGUCCCUUGCUUACAGAUGUUCUGGAUGACAGUAGAGGAAAUGGACAUGUUCCAUUUGAAUAUCCCAGGAUACAGUGCUUCUGUCUCCUCCCACUGGUCCAGUUAGCUUCCCUCUGGACCAGUAGAAGAGGGAGAGACGUGAGGAAUUGGGGCCUUUGGCUGGGAAGCCACUGACCAGGUGGCCAGGGGGUGGGGGUGGGGAGAAGGGCUGAGGGGUGGUGGGGAUGGCCCUGUCUCUGAGUGCACCUGAGCCUGGGGCUGGCAUUGCAUGUGGGGCUUCCAGGAUGCUGAGGGGGAGAAGGGGUCGCCCUGCAGGAGGCGUGGGGCUGGUGCAAAGCUCCGGGGAAGCCCCGUGAAUUGACUUGUCCGCUUCCGCUCCCAGGGGCCACCGCAGGCUCGGGGGAGCGUGAGCAUGGAAGCCCAGGCAGAUUUCACUGGGGCUGACUCUCAGGCAGGUGUGAGACAGGCUGCUUGUCAGCCAGCGUUUCCCAGGGAGAGGGGAGCAAGUCUGGGGCUCCCACUGGGCACAGUCUGUGAUGAUAAGCCCCUCGGCUUGCUUGGCAGAAGAUGGUAUUUGCAUGUAGCCCGUUAACAGAUGUUUUGUACCAUGCUGAUCUUUCCGGGCCUUGGUGUUUGCUGCAGGUGGGUGGAGGCUGAGGGCUGUGGCCUUUGCCCCGGGGAGGAUGGAGGGCAAGUCUUCCAGGCCCCUGCAAGCUGAGCUGGGGGAAAGGGUGUGGCCAUGGCAUCUAAGCAGAGCUGGAGGCAGCAGCUGCUCUUCUUUGUUUCUCUGCUCCCUGGGGGCUGGGGCGAUGUGGUCUGGCCUCUCCAGGGCAGCUCUUUGACCUGAAGUUUGCUUCUGAUGGGGUCGGCUUUCCCUCCCUCCCUCAAUACUUGGGAACCUUCCCUCCAGCUUCACACUUGCUGUUUCAAGCACCGAUGGGGUCUCGAGGCGCGGUUGGAACCUUGGACUGCAUUUCCGCGGAGAGCAGCCCGUGGGUUCUCCCAUCCUCCAAGGGCUCUGCCUCUGUGUGUGGGCUUCUCUGGACAACUGGGGAAUGAGGGGGGCGGCUGGGGGCACUGCUUAGGGCUGACAGCCUCCAGGCCUCGGCUCUGAGGUCACUGUCGAGGGUUUUUGGUCUGACUCGGGGCCAGGGAUAAGCCUUUGGCUGCCAGAGCUCCCUCCCGGGGCCUUGUUUGGGGGCUGGUGUUUGGGGUGAGGGUUCAGGAAGCUGCCGUCUGUGCCAUAAUAAACUUGCAUCUGCUCACAGGC